GCCAAGUGUUCAUGUUCAUCUCGUUCAACUCGGCAGCUUAAAAGAUCAUCGCCAUAAUUAACGUAUUCAACCUUUCAACAUCACCUAGACGUCUCACCUCUUACUUAUCGAAAUCGGCGAGAAAUUACACGACAUCAAACCAUGUCUGCCUCUCAAGACAUCCGAAUCGAACCCACCACCGAGGAACAGGACUUGCUCGACUCCUUCAACUGCAUCUCCAACGCCUUCGGCACCCAAGCCAACGAUGGCAUCUGGACACACAUGAACCCAGGCUGGGACACCCCGGAAGGCCACGCCCGCUGCGCCGCCCGCCUAGCCGCCCGCCUGCGCACCAUCACCAAAGACCGCAACGGGAGGCCCAACAUCGUCUUCCUCAAGGCCACCGUCCCGGACCCCGCGGUCCCCGCCGACGGCAGCGGCGACGCCAAGCGCAUCAUCGUCGGCAUCGCCACUUGGGUCCAGCUUUCCGUCGUCGAAGGCUACGGCGACCGGCCCGCCGAGGACCUGGCCCAGGCCGUGGACCUCGAGGAUCUCUACCCGGGGAGCGAAGCCGACCAGCGCCUCUGCCGCCAGCUGGACGCGGCGCUGCACGCCGACCGGAUUCGCGUCGUCAAGGACAAGGCGGCGGCCGCUGCGAGUCCGCCCGCGGUCAUGGUGCUGGAUAUGUGCGCCGUGCAUUCCGAGUACCAGCGCAGGGGCAUCGCCACGCGCCUGGUGCAGUGGGGUGUCGAGGAGGCCAGGGCGAGGGGAGGGCUCGAGUGCCUCACCGAGGCGUCGUCUAUGGGACGGCACGUGUAUCUCAGACUCGGGUUCAGGCAGGUGGGAGAGGAGAUGGAGUACGGGACUGUUGAUGAGGAGGUUAGGAGCAAACGGACUUUGCCGUCUAAUAUCUUUAUGAGGACGGGUGCUUGAGAAAUCCCCCUGGGUAGGACUCGUAAAAUGCCACGACGACACCCUCGACGACCAAACCGCCCCGACCCCCCCUUCACCUGGGCCUGCAACGAAGAAGUCCGGAUGGGUCGUUGUGCUUUGUAUUUGUACAGGAAAUCUACAGGUGUUUGAAAGAACGCAAAGAGAACAUUGAGAAACCCACGCCCAU